CCAUAAUUUUAAUCGAUAGCCAGCACUUGGUCCAUCGCAAUUUGUAUUUAAAUUGAAGACCAACAACAUGUCAAAACAAAUCGUAGAAGACGAAAAUACAGCAAAUGAUCUAAAUCAAGCCUUAAAAGGGGCAGUCGAGGAGCGGGAUGAGGUUAAUAAUCAGGAACACACUGUAGACACGGCCUCAGCAGAUCUCUCAAAUGAGAGCAAAAAUAGUGCAAGAACGUCUAACAACGAGUUCAAUGAAGAAACAAACGUGGAUAAAAAUGAUGCGCAAGACCACAUAGACUUUAAUCAAAUCGACAAUGAUGAGCACAAACCAAUUGGCUGCUUCUUUAACGCUAAUCCAACUCUACGCAUUGCAGUGCACGGCAUGUCGGAGCUGGUCAACUCGCGGCUCUCGGCCGAAGCACUGGAUAUUUGUGUAGAGCUGCUAGAGGCAGGUGUGCCGCCAAGGGCGCUGUCUGAGGUUGUGCUACAUAUUCUAGACGUCAAGGUGAAGAAUUACGAAAGGGAACACGGUCCCAUAUUACCAUAGGGCAUCCAGAGAUCAGCGUUAAUCCCAAAAACAUUGUUUCA